CAGGUUUGUGUCUCAGGAUUUUGUUUUGUUCCUGUCACUCCUCACUUGUGUGCUUUAUGAAUCAUUUGCCAGACUGCACUCACAGAAUACCUGAUGCAGGUGAUCCACCCUGCUGCCAGGUAGAUUUAUGAAUGCGCUCACAUUGUUUUCCAAUGAAACGGAAUGAUUGAAUUCAGCCUGGAGGAAACUCCUCACUUCUUUUUUGUUGCAGUUCUUUUCUUACACAACCCACUGACAGCUGUAGUGCGUAACCUAGCAAAGUCAUUUUUACAGGAAGGUGUGAACUGGUAAUUGCUGCUAUUUCAGCCAUAGUGAAACCAUCACAAACAACUGCAGUUAGGUCGAUUAUUCAGGUCUGUGUUGCAUUACAGCAAACCAGCUGAGUGCAGCCCAUGCAGCAGAAAAAAGGCAGAUAAGCAUUCAGGAUCAAAGCUUGAUUCAUUGCUGCUGCAGUCCUGAGGUCUGUUCUGUAACGUGGCAGCUGGGCUUUUCCACUCAGCUGUUGAGCUUGAGUGAGAGCUUCUUCAUGGUGAAGGGUGCUGCUCUCUUUCUGCAGCAGGGAAGCAGUCACCAGGGCCAGAAAGCACAUCCUCACCACAAACAUGCAGGUGACUUACCUCAGCACUUGCAGGUGAUGAUAAACAUUCUUCGCUCGGAGGACAGAAUCAAACUGGCGGUGCGGCUGGAGAGUGCAUGGUCGGAUCGUGUACGGUACAUGGUGGUGGUGUACACCAGUGGACGACAAGAUACAGAGGAGAACAUCCUACUGGGAAUCGACUUUAUCAGCAAAGACUGCAAAAGCUGUUCGAUCGGCAUGGUGCUGCCUCUGUGGAGUGACACAAAGAUCCAUCUGGAUGGAGACGGGGGCUUUACUGUGAACACGGCAGGUCGGACUCAUGUCUUCAAACCCGUGUCAGUCCAGGCUAUGUGGUCAGCUCUGCAGGUGCUGCACAAGGUAUGUGAGGUGUCACGCAGGUAUAACUACUUCCCUGGAGGCAUGGCUCUCACUUGGAUGGGCUACUACGAGAGCUGCAUCGCUUCAGACCAGAGCUGCAUCAACGAGUGGAAUGCCAUGAAAGACUUGGAGACCACACGGCCAGACUCGCCGCCCAUGUUUGUCGACAAGCCUUCAGAGAGAGAAAGGACAGAGUGCCUUAUUAAAGCCAAACUCAGAAGCAUCAUGACAUGCCAGGACCUUGAGAACGUCACCUGCAAACAGAUCCGUACAGAGUUGGAACAACAUAUGAACUGUAACCUGAAAGAGUACAAAGAGUUCAUUGACAACGAGAUGCUGCUGAUCCUGGGCCAGAUGGACAAAGCCACUCUCAUCUUUGACCACGUCUACCUGGGAUCUGAAUGGAAUGCAUCUAAUUUGGAGGAGCUGCAAGGGACCGGGGUGGGCUACAUCCUUAAUGUUACCAGGGAAAUAGACAACUUCUUCCCAGGCACAUUCAGUUAUCACAACAUACGUGUCUACGAUGAAGAUGCCACUGACCUGCUGGCUCACUGGAAUGACACAUACAACUUCAUUGUUAAAGCGAAAAAGAACCACUCCAAAUGUCUAGUCCACUGCAAGAUGGGUGUCAGUCGGUCUGCCUCCACUGUCAUUGCUUACGCCAUGAAAGAGUAUGGCUGGUCGCUAGAGAAGGCGUACAACUUUGUCAAGCAAAAGAGAAGCAUCACACGACCAAACCCAAGUUUCAUGAGACAACUGGCCGAGUACGAGGGCAUCCUGGAUGCUAGUAAACAGCGUCACAACAAGCUGUGGCAUCCAGACGCAGACUGUGAGAUGGCUGAGGGGCAGCAGGGACUUCAGUGUUGUGGAGGAGAGGAGGGAGGCCACCUGACUCCAGAGCCAGGGAUGUCUCCCUGCUGUGAGGAGGUGCUGUCUGAUAAGGGGGCAGCAUGUCCCUCCCCAUGCAGGACUGUUUCACUGGAGAUUGACCCUGCCUACAACAACUACUACUUCCGUCGGCUGUCUGACUCAGCGCUGGACAGUGAACCAUCGACACCUGUGCGCGGUCCUCCUCUUCUAGGCAUGGAAAAAGUCUUUAUAGAAAUUGAGGAUGUGGAGAGGGAUGCUCUGUUGGACGAUGAGGCCUUUGAUAGUCGUGAAGGACUGCCUCUCUCCCACUUUGGGGCUUCAGCAGCGGGAACUGCUGCCCAGACAAGCUCUCGGGGCCCUGAGCCCCUGGAGGAGCUUCGUCUAAGGCUGGAGUUCAGCACAGUGGAGGAGGAGGAUGAGGAGGAGGUGCAGAAGGAGGAGGCAGAGAUGGAGGUUCUAAUGCAACCAGAUGAUGGAGGGGGUGGGGAAGCAGGUGGAGGAGAAGAAACAGAAAGUGUAGAUACAGAGGGUAAUGGGAUGGACCUAGCUACCCUGAAUGAAAACUCCAACAAUAACAACCAUUUGAGCACUCCACAUAACCUUAAUGUAAAGGCUUCCUCCUUCGCUCCUCCAGCUGAUGCUUCUGCUUUGUCUUCUUGGGAUUCAAAGUCCAAGCAGACAGAAGAAUUUCCACCUCUGGUCUCCAAGCUUUGCCUUAACCCUAGUCCUCCUGAAGUCCCAAAUGCUUCAUUUCCAUUGUCCCAUACCUCUUCUGAAGGCUUCGCAUCUUCAGUGGUACUGCUGCGCCGCUGUGGCUCUUUCUGUGAUUGUGCCAACUGUGCUGCCUCCACACCCACAGCUCCACUCGACGGUGAUGAGCAGCCAGUACCACUGUAUUUACCAGAGCCAAAGGAUGAUGGUGAUCUAUUGGAAGUGAACACGGAGGGUCAGAAAAGUGAAUCUGCAGCUUCCUCAGAUGCCCUCCCUGAGCUGAUGAGAAUGGAUCUGGGGGAAGAGAAUUCUGUCGUGACUUGUUACAUUGGCCAACAACAGGACACGCUUUUGCAGCUGCAGAGGUCCGGGCUGGUCCGCCGGCGUGCAGAGAGACUAGAGAGACUUUCAGGUUUAUCCAAGGAGAGACUGCACUCUCCUUUGCACGCAUGCCAAAGGUCCAAAAAGAGCCUCUCUCAUGCUGAGGAUGAAGAGGACUUUUCUGGCUUCUCCGGAGACUUCCCUAAAUCUUCUACACCAUGCCAAGUGCGGUUAGAGCCACUGGUGGUGCCACUGACCAAUGAAGCCUUGUUGGGGGUGGUGGGGUCUGGAUUGCUCACACCCACUUCCUCACCUCAUGGGUCAACCCUGACACGCAGCUCCAGCAGUGACAGUCUGCGCAGCGUGAGAGGGAAACCUGGCCUUGUGCGUCAGAGGGCACAGGAGAUCGAGACCCGCAUGCGUCUGGCAGGCCUAACCGUGCCUUCCAAGCUGAAGAGGUCCAACUCGCUGGCCAAGUUGGGCAGCCUCAACUUUUCCUCGGAGGACCUGUGUUCGGCUUGCUCUUCGGAUGCAGGAACACUGCUGCUCCUCUCUCUGUCCCCAGAGCCAAACUCUGGCCUGGAGUGGGACUCCCCCACCACCUCUGCUCUGCCCCCACCCUGCAAGGACCUGUACACUCCAGAGAGAGCACUGUCAGGUGAGCCCAGAAGCUGACGCAUCAAAGCAGAGGUUUUAAUAUAUAUAUAUAUAUAUAUGUAUAUAUAUAUAUAUAUAUAUAUGGAGGGAUGAGUCAUACAAAAAAAGAAAAACAAAAGAAACAAUGCCAACUGUUGUUAUAAGGAUUGUACACUGUCCUUUGCCACAUUGUUUCUCAAACUGCUGUUCACAGUGAUGAAAGUCAUAUUGCUGUAUCUGACAAAUGUGUAAAGCCAUCAGUUCACCUCUAACUUGGUUUGAUUCAUGGAUGAACAAGUGCCUUACCUAUGAGACCAGAGGCACAGAGCUGUGUGUUUGACUGCAGGAUGAGAUGGUAAUAGAUGCUCUAUAACCUUUAACUUCACAGUACCUGAUAUGUACCAAAUUAUGGUAUCCGUUGGCACUUAGAUGAAUUUUACCUGUCUGGUACAAAGUGGUAGCCCACAUUGAUUGAUGAACUUGAGUUCCUCAUUGAAGCUUGAUGGAAAGCAAAGUGUUAAUAAAUGUAAUUGUUUACCGCACAGUCUUGUUUUAGAUGGUAGAGGGUUGUAAAAUUAAUGGUUACCUCAUGUUGCAUUCAUGGAGCUCAAUCCAGUUCAUUUGCUGAAGUGAGGAAAUCAGUCUUGAACUCAUUUUAAUGCAGAUGUGUGUGUGUGUUAAUGCAUUAAUGCGUAACAAUAUGUGAGUCUGUGAAUGAGUGAAUGGGAUGAAAGAGAAGAGAAAAGGUUUUGACUUUGUUUCACCGGAGGCUUGCUCACUGUUUUCAACAAACAGAACAAAAAGAUUUCUGAGUUUGUUGUUCCUUUGCACUGUUUUUUAAUUGAGUGAAUACUGGUACAUAGCAAGCUAUCUUCCAAAAUAACAUUAGAAUAAUGUUAUCGACCUCAUCAUUCCCUACAUUGUCCUUGGGAGAGCAGAGUGAGGAGUCACACUGCAUGGCUUGAAAUCACAAAAUGCCCAAUGUGGCAGUCGAAUCAUAUAAUUUAUAUGAAGGUUUUUCCCAUGCUAAAGUUAUCUGCUUGUCAGGAAAUGAAUGCAAAACAUUAAACAUCUACAUCCAAACUUUCUUUAUGUUAAAUUAGCUCAUCCUCGUGCUUUUUUGCAAUGUGAAAGACCAAAGUUCUUUGGCUGUUGGAAAAUUGGAAACACCAUUGAAGCUGUACUAAAUAUGUGAACCGUAAUGUCAAUCAUGUAUGUAUUUUAAAUGCUGUCACAUCUUUUUUGCACCUUUUUGGGAGAAACGAAAAGAGACUCAGUCAAGUCAUCGGGCUCAUAGCUGUUCUGCUCAUAUCAUCAGUGAGUCCGAAAGCUUUUGUCACAAUGACGUGGCAACGAUCACAAUAGGUUACUUCACAGUUUUGUAACCAUUUUCUUUUUAUAUUUAAGUAUGCAGUAACUUUUGUACUGUACAUUGCUGUAGUUUGAAUGCAUCUUGCACUUUUUACGUUGUUCAGAAUAAUCUACUGUAUGUUGUCAUGAUGGAAAUAAACAUUUCUUUUACAUAUUA